ACCCUAGAUCCCUGCUUUCAUCCCCUCCCCUCCCCUCUCGCCGCGAAGCGGAAGAAGAAGAAGAACCGCCGAAGCCGCCCUCCACAACCGUCACCAUGGGUCGCAUGCACAGUCGCGGUAAGGGUAUCUCAGCCUCGGCGCUUCCAUACAAGAGGACUCCUCCGAGCUGGCUCAAGAUCUCGUCACAGGACGUUGAGGAGAACAUCUGCAAGUUCGCGAAGAAAGGGUUGACGCCGUCGCAGAUUGGUGUUAUUCUUCGUGACUCGCACGGGAUUGCCCAGGUGAAGAGCGUCACUGGAAGCAAGAUUUUGCGUAUCCUCAAGGCUCAUGGUCUUGCGCCCGAAAUUCCCGAGGAUCUGUACCACCUCAUCAAGAAGGCAGUGUCCAUCAGGAAGCAUUUGGAGAGGAACAGGAAGGACAAAGAUUCCAAGUUCAGGCUAAUUCUCGUUGAGAGCAGGAUCCACAGGCUUGCACGUUACUACAAGAAGACCAAGAAGCUUCCUCCUGUCUGGAAAUACGAGUCUACAACUGCUAGCACCCUUGUGGCUUAAGCUGCAUUUUGGGACGAUGAACCAGUUUUGAUGUAGCUUUUGAUUGCUGGUCAUUGAUGCACUCUCUCUCACUCUUGCUCUUGAGAAUUUCAUGUAGUUUGGAUGGAAGUAUAAUUUUUAUUGUACUGUGGGCGAAGAUAGAGAGAUUGGUUUUGAUAUGUUUUGACUAUACUUCUCAUUUAUUGGUUUUCAAGUUGACCUAUGUAGUGUCAUAACGGUGGUAAUGGCUCAAUUUGGAUAUA